UCCAACCCGAUUCGUUCCCGGAAACCCUCCACCAGCCAGGACACAGCAAUCAGAGCAUGGACAGCGGCGGCGGGAGGAGCCUCCGGCCCGGACGAGCCUCGCGACGCGCGCGUGGUGCGGGAGCUCCUCCGGUCGAUGGGGCUCGGCGAGGGCGAGUACGAGCCGCGCGUCGUGCACCAGUUCCUGGACCUGGCCUACCGCUACGUCGGCGACGUGCUCGGCGACGCCCAGGUCUACGCCGACCACGCAGCCAAACCCCAGCUCGACGCCGACGACGUCCGCCUCGCCAUCCAGGCCAAGGUCAACUUCUCCUUCUCCCAGCCGCCGCCACGCGAGGUUCUGCUUGAGUUGGCACGCAGCCGGAACAAGAUCCCGCUACCCAAGUCUAUUGCUCCACCUGGCUCGAUUCCUCUGCCACCUGAGCAGGACACUUUGCUGACUGAAAACUACCAGCUUCUACCCGCACUGAAGCCACCAACUCAGACUGAAGAAGCAGAAGAUGACAACGAGGGAGCUGACGCAAUCCCUGGCAAUCCCAGUCCAAACUAUUCACAGGAUCAGAGGGGCAACGAGCAACGUCAGCCUCAGAGCCAGAGCCAGAGGGUUUCUUUCCAACUGAACGCGGUGGCUGCCACGGCUGCAAAGCGCCCUCUAGUGACAAUUGAUCAGUUGAACAUGGGCUAACUAACUGAUGCUUGUGUAGCUUGCUGGGACCGCCCUUUCUGGCUAGCGCCCUCCUAUUGCACCAUGAAAAAUGCUGAUUGCUGAGGAAAGGGAGCAGCCUUGCAAGUAGUGUAAGUAGUAGCUGUGCACCUCUGUUUUAUUAAUUUCUGUGCAUUAUUGUCAACUUGUUGAUUUUGUAGAUCUUGUCGAACUUGAGCUGUCUCGUCGUUGUUUCUGAAUGCUAAGUCGGUGUUUCUAUUGUGACUGUGUUCCUAUUAUGCUUUUGGUGGCAUGUGGCACAUAUUUGGUUGGUUAAAAUGAGGACCAAACAAACUAAGUGUACAAUAUAGAAAUAAAUCUUUUUUUUAUCGAUAUAGAGAUAAAUCUGUAGUUCA